ACCACCGCACCCCGACUCGGUCAGCAACCCUCCAGACCUGCCUGCCACGAGACAGCAACCCAAUUGUCCAGCAGGUGCUCUUUCAAGGUAUGGAAGUUGGCGUUCCGUGCGCAGCAAUGACCCUCUCCUCGCACCAUAUGGCCGACGCGAACAGAGCAACCCCCGAGCACAAAAUCAACAUCGCACCUGCGGGCAAAUCUAAUCAGUGCGCGAACAAGUUCGACGAGCAUAACGGUGGCGUGUCCCAGGUGAGUCAGGUGCUGCUCUACGGCGUGCCGAUCGUCUCGCUGGUGAUCGACAACCACGAGCGCCUCUGCCUCGCGCAGAUCUCCAACACGCUGCUCAAGGAGUUCAGCUACAACGAAAUCCACAACCGACGCGUCGCCCUCGGCAUCACCUGCGUCCAGUGCACGCCGGUGCAGCUGGAGAUCCUGAGGCGGGCCGGCGCCAUGCCCAUUUCGUCUAGGCGGUGCGGCAUGAUCACCAAAAGAGAGGCUGAGAGGCUCUGCAAGAGCUUCUUGGGAGACAACUCGCCGCCCAAGCUGCCCGACCACUUUGCGUUCGAGGUUUUCCACGAAUGCGCCUGGGGCUGCAGAGGCAGCUUUGUUCCUUCCAGAUACAACUCAUCCCGAGCUAAAUGCAUCAAAUGCACGUACUGCAACCUGUUCUUUUCCCCGAACAAAUUUAUUUUCCACUCGCACCGACUGCCCGACUCCAAGUACGUCCAACCCGACGCUGCCAACUUCAACUCGUGGCGGCGCCACAUGCGUCUGGCCGGCUGUCCUCCGGAGGACAUUGUGCAUGCGUGGGAGGACGUGAAGGCCAUGUUCAACGGUGGCACCAGGAAGAGGAUGCUGUCGUCCACUCCGUCCUCCGAGUCGGCUCCACCGGCUCCAAAGCAGCCGAAAAGCAGCGAAUCUCGGUCGUCAAAAAAGAACAGCCAUAAUGCGCCACCGGCCGUCCACCCUAUUGUCCCGACGAGACCUGCGGAUAUGACACCGUUUCAACCAAAUCCACUGACUCCUGUUCCGCCGGCCCCGAUGGCCCCGCGCGUGCCACCGACGGCCGUUUACCCCGAAAAACCGCCGGGCUACCCUUACGAACUGCACCGCAGCUUCGUGGACUACGUGUGGGGCCACCACCAGGCGCCGCACGCGCCCAUCCAGCACCACAAGCCCUUCCAGUUCGCCCCCUACUCAUUCCCUUGGCUGAAACGGCCCUCGCUGCUGGCCUUCGGCCCGGCGGCCGUGGCUGCGGCGGUGGCCGGGGAGACCUCCCUUCCGGAACACCCCCAGCCGCUCACUCCACCCGGUCCGACGGCCGGCUCAGCGGCCGCGGCGGCCGUGGCCGCCCUCUCGCACCACAUCUACUCAAGCGCCUUCCGGCCGGUGGUGAAGACCAGCACCCCUCUGCCGGAAAAGGGCAACGACAGCGAGGAGGAGGAGGAGACAGUGGACAUCGAGACCACUGAGGACCCUCUGCCGGCGCCGCUGUGGAUCACCAGGCCCAAGUCUACGUCUCCCACGUCGGACAAAGCGGCCUCGCCUGAUCUCCAGGACGAAAAGGCCAAAGCGGAGGAGCCGGGGGAGCAGGCCGCCGGUUCACCCCUCCAGCAGGCCAAGCCCUCGCCCAGUCCCACGCUGGAGCGGCCGUGGGCCCUGACGGCCCACGAGAAACGCCUCUACCGACCCCACGAUAUGGCCAGACACCUCAGCAUGAUCAGAGAAUUGGCCUCCUCGCCAGACCCAAACUCUGGAUCUGCGAUGCAAAGUCAGACUUUGCUAAGAGACGUGGAGAGAAGAGCUCGGCUUUCAGUCCAAGGAAGAAUUAAAGAAGCUCAGAAUGCCCUUCACCAUUUGCAGCAUAAAAUUGGUCUUGAUUGCACGAAUUACCCACACGCAUUUCAAGAAGCAAGCAACAUCUCCCCCUAGACUCUUGUAAAUCAUCCUAUAAUUGUUUAAUUGUUAAGCACCCUAUAGAAUAUUCCAUCCUGAUAUUAGGUAACUAAAUUCUCGAUCUAUAUAAAUUCAUAAAAUUGAUGUUCCACGUUGGUGUUAAAUAUGUACCAAGAACUGUUUAUAUACAUCUAGUCGAUGGCUAAACCAAAGCUGUAAAUAAUGCCUAGUCCUAUGUUGUGAUACGCUCUGUACUUUUAACCUGAAUUUGAACAAGUAAGGCAUCCAAAACUACUGAUAUUACUGUGUACUUCAAUCAAAUAAAAUGGAUUAAACAA